AUGGCUUCUUCCUCACCAUCGUCCUCGACGCUCCGGCAUGUGGCGAUGCUCCCGUUCAUGGGCAAAGGCCACGCCAUGCCGAUGCUGCACCUGAUCCACCUGCUCCUGCGCCGGGGCCUCGCGUCGGAGGUCACCGUGCUCGCCACCCCGCGCGAGGCGUCCUUCAUCCGCGCGGCCGUCUCGGGAGUCCCCGGCGCGGCCGUCCUCGAGAAGGCGUUCCCGUCCACAUCGGUAGGUCCGCAGAGCAUGGAGGAGCUCCCCUCCGCUUCCGAGUCCCACUUCCUAGACCUCAUCUCCGCCACGGCGGCGCUCCGUCCGGCGUUCGCGGACGCGCUGGCGCGGCUGGAGCUCCGGCCAGACCUGCUCGUCCACGACGGCUUCCUCCCGUGGGCCAAGGACGCCGCCGACGGCCUCGGCAUGCCUCGGCUCGUCUCGCUCGGUAUGGGCGCCUUCUCCUGCUACGUCACGCUCGCCGUACUGAUACAGAAGCCGCACGCGCGCGUGAGCUCGCCGUGGGAACCGUUCGAGGUCGACGGUUUGCCGGGGCUCCGACUCACGACGGCCGACCUGAACCCGCUGUUCGACGACCCGGCGACAGCCGGCCGUCACUGGGACUUCAUCUGUGAGAGCGCUGUAGCCACGGGCUCCAGCCGGGGCACUAUCCUCAAUUCCUUCCAUGAGCUGGAGUCACUCUACAUACACAAGAUGAACCAGCUGGAGAACUCGCCGAAGAUGUGGCCGGUUGUCCCGCUGUGUCUUGCUACUGAACCGGCGGUUCAGACCUUGGAUGCAGAUCUAGCCGGCUGGCUCGACUCCAGGCUCGCCAUGAACCGGCCGGUUCUGUACGUGGCAUUCGGCUCCCAAGCUAACCUGAGCCGGGCACAGCUAGAGGAGAUCGCGGCCGGACUGGACAGGUCCGGUGUGGAUCUCGUGUGGGUGGUCCGGUCCAAAUGGUUGGAUGGAGAGGACCGGGUCGAAGGGCGGUUCGGAGACAGGGCUAAAGUGGUACAGGGCUUUGUCAACCAGCUUGGUGUCCUGAGGCACAAGGCUAUCAAGGGCUUUUUCAGUCACUGUGGGUGGAACUCGGUGACCGAGAGCAUCAGCAUGGGGGUUCAGAUUCUUGCGUUCCCGUUGGCGGCGGAGCAGACGAUGAACGCCAAGUUCGUCGUGGACGUGCUCGGAGCCGGACUCAGGGUCUCACCAUCCAACAGAGGGCACGACGACGACGGUGGCAGCGAGGGCGGCGGGGAACUGGUUGCAAGCCAAGACAUCGAGGCAUUGGCACGGGAGCUGAUCUUGGGAGAGGCAGGGAAACACGUGGCGGCAAGAGCAGCCGAGCUCGCAGCUUCUGCUAGAACGGCGAUGGAUGCCGGCGGUUCUUCGUUUGAAAACCUGGAGCUGAUGGUGCGUGCAGUCAUCAGUCGCACUAGCAGGCUUGAGGCUAGUUCAGAGUGA